UCAGUUUGUAGCCAAUCAGCUCGAGUUAGGCUGUCCGAUAGCUUGACUGUGAGAGCUCUGUUCGACGACGGAGGAAAUGAGAGGAAACCCUUUAAAUUAUUUGACUCUGACAUGCCGCGGAUUAAAACCGAAACAUCUAUCAGCAUCACAAAGUCACGUACCUGUGCAAUGAAGCAUCCCUCUCAUUACAUCAUGGUGAGUCCGGUGUGAAGAUAUAAGGAGGAGAUGAUACCAGAACCUUCUGCUGCAGCCGCAUCCAGGUCUUCAGAGAAAAAUGCAAACUCUCAGGCUGAGGCGACCUCCUCUGGAGCUAUCAGUCCCUCUGAGGAUGAGUCAGGGAACGAGAACCGACAGAAGAGUGUGAGACGAAGAAGAAGAGCGUGCAGCGUCUCGGAAAAUGUCAAGAGCAAAAGAGCCAGAGCCAGCGGCAGCAGCGUUCGAAGGGCACGGGGCAAACGCGCCAAAGAGAAGCAAGUGGAGGCAGUCACCCUGUUUGAGGUGAUCACCAUGGGCAAGAGCGCCAUACAGGCAGUGAUCGAUGAUUGGAUUGAGGCAUACGUGACGGACAGAGACGCCUCUCUACUCGACCUCAUCAGCUUCUUUAUCCAGUGCUGUGGCUGCAAAGGCGCGGUCACGGCAGAGAUGUGCCAGAGUAAAGAGGACAAGCACGUGAAGAGCAAAAUGGUCGAGGAGCUGGAUGAGGCUGUUGGUCUGCAGUAUAAGCGAUUCCUUGCUUUUCCGUGGAUUCUGACCGUCACCUGGCCCAUGGAUGCAGACAGUGCAGAGUAUCCACUCGUGCAGUCCGGGCCGUCCGGUCGCUGGUUUCACUCGGAGUUCUGCGACUUUGUGUCGGUGCUGGUGGCUCAGUGUCAGCACAGCGUCCUUUUUGACAGCUACCUGAUGAACAGCCUCAUCUCGCUGCUCACUGAGCUGUCCAACUCAUACGUAAGGGCGUUCAGACACACGUGCACACUCGCGGCGGUGAAGUUGCUGAGCUCUCUGCUGAGCGUGGCUCUGAGCCUGAGCGUCGGGAUCGAAAACAGUCAGAAGCUGUACAACGUGCAGAGGACGAAGACGGUGAGACAAAAGACCCAGCAACUGGAGAGGAUGCAGAAGAAGAUCUCGGAGUUGCAGGAAAAGAGGGCGGAGGUCGAGAGCAUGAUGGACGUCAUCUUCAAAGGGGUUUUUCUUAAAAGAUAUCGGGAUAUGCUUCCAGAAAUUCGCUCAGUCUGCAUGGAGGAGUUGGGCUUGUGGAUGAAGCUGUACAGUUCGUCAUUCCUCAACGAUAGUUACCUCAAAUACAUGGGCUGGAUGAUGCACGAUAAGGUACCGGAUGUGCGUCUGAAGUGUGUGUUAGCUCUGCAGGGUCUGUUCGGUGAUCCUGUCCUGCUCCCUAAACUGGAUCUGUUCAUCAGUCGCUUCAAGAAUCGACUGAUCUCCAUGGUGCUAGAUAAGGACAAUGAGGUGGCAGUGCAGACCAUGAAACUAUUGGUGCUAAUCUCCAGAGCCACAGACGACGUGCUGACGUCUGAGGACUACAAGCAGCUCCUUCAGGUCGUUUACUCCUCUCAUCGGCCCCUCUCAGCCACCGCAGGGGAGCUGCUCUACUCAAGGAUUCUCAGUGCUGCAGCUCCUACCUCUGAUGAUCAGGGUGAAAGGAGCGAAGAGGACGAGCGAAGACGACAGAUGUUUGACCGACUUAAAGCUUUACUGCGGUUUUAUCAGGAGUCUGAGCUUCACAAGCAUGUCGUUUACCUGGUGGACAGCCUUUGGGACUGUGGUGGGUCUCUGCUGAAAGACUGGCCCACACUCACAGCUGCACUGCUGCAGAACAGCUCAGGUUUUACUCCGGCAGAACAAGCGGUGAUUGUGGAGAUCCUGGUUGCGUCGGUACGUCAGGCCACAGAGGGGCCAGCUCUGGUAGGGAGGAGCGGGGCCAAGAAGAUCAUGAGCAAUAGAGAAAAGAAAAUUCAAGCUGACGACUGUCUAAAGCUCACUGAACAUCUGUUUUCUGUGCUUCCCAAGUUACUCUCCAAGUUUUCAUGUAGUGGCGACACUGUUGCUUCCCUGAUGCGGAUUCCUCAGUACUUCCACCCAGACAGUCAAGAGGCUAAAAACACACAGUCAGUUUCAAGCCUGAUGACAGAGAUGGCAGCUGUUUUGGACCUUCACUCGGGCCCUGCGGUUCUGGAAGCAGCCGCUCGAACAUACCUCAGUCUGUGUGGCGAUGGCGCAGCCUGGGCCGUGGCGGCCGGAGCCUCACGGGACUCUCUGGUCCAGCGCUGGGUGGACCGACUGACAGAGACAAUUGGGGAGUCGCUCAGGCGCGGCUGUUUUUCUGCUGAGGAAGACGAGACGAGUCAAAUUGUAGCGACACUGAAGAAACUCAGAGCUUUCCACAACUGUCAUGACCUCAGUCGAUGGAGCGUGUUUGAGCUGCUGUCUCCUCUCCUGACGGAGGACGGCAGCCUGGGAGGACCACCGCCAGAGGUGCUGGAGGAGGCACUGCAGUGCAUGUCGUUUGCCAUGCUGUGGUCCCUCAGUACGAGCAGCCAAACUCUAACAUGCAGG